UCUAUCUGAGAGAAUAGUUUAAAUCUUUUUUUUUUCCGUUUGAAAAUUGAGUCUUUGAAAAGAUUUAGCUGUGGACUAAUGCCAAGUGCUUGCUAUUAUUUCAUCUGAUGCAAAAAUGAUUUGCAGAUUAAAAACUAAAAAUAGCCGUAUUUAUAUGAAGAACAUACAAUGGUGCAGUGCAUGUAACAACUUAGGUUUGAAACUAUUACUGGAUUUUGAUGGCAGCUCUGGAUGCAAGUGUUCGAUUACCAUGGAAGGUGUACAGGCUAGACAGAGAGGGGCUUAUGAUUUUGAAACCUAUUAUGACAAUGUCUGUUCUCUCAGUAAUUCUUAUCCACUUUCUGCAGUAAAAGCACAUCUUCCUCAAGGAAUCCUAGACCUCAAUGCUGAUAGGAUAAGGUUAAAUGACUGGAAACCUUUACUGAGUACUCUAAGCAUAAAUAAAAGCUUAGAAUUCAUUGUAUUUACCAGCAGUUACAUUCCACCUUCUACUGAUGAGAAAAAGAAGAAAGAUAAAACUGGCACCAAAAGACAUAAACCAGCCAUUGCAAGCAAAGAAAUUAAAGAUGAAUUAUGUAAAGCACUCCAACAGUGUCUUAGUGUUACUCCAGCUUUGGCUUGCCUUAGGUUGCAAGGAAUUGCUUUCAAAGAAUCAAGUAUAAACUACAUUUCAAAGGUACGUUUUCAUUUGAAACUUUUCCAUAUAAAAAUAUGGACAAGAAAGAAAGAAAAUCCUUCAGUCUUAAACAUUUUUGGUAAAAAUCUAACAAUGGCACAGGAGUGGCUGUGUACUGUUGGACGAGCCAUAAAAAACAACAUGUCGUUAAAUGCCAUUAACCUGGUUGGCUGUAACCUCAGUUGGAAAGGAGCUGAUACUUUAGCUAAAAUCAUUAAGCAUCAAUCAUUGGUCCGUCACAAUGAAGCUUGGAAAAACAGUUUACGCUACCGUCAACCAGAUUUAGAAUGCAUGACCGGGUUACGUCGGAUUACACUAAAUGAUAACCCAAUGAUUGGAGACCAUGGUGCUAUGCUGCUUGCUGAAGCUUUAAGAGAUGAUCUCUGGGUGAAAGCUUUAGAUAUGCAGAACUGUGGAAUCUCAAAUUUUGGAGGCAAAGCAAUGAAUAAAAUGUUGCAAUAUAACACCACACUGGUGGUGCUUGAUGUUCGAGACAACCCAUUAAUAGAGUCAGCUCUUCUCCGAGAUAUUAUUGAUCAUGUGAAUCUUAACUGUAAAGCCCAAACUGAAGAUAAUAGUGAGCCAGAGUACGAAUGGAUCAGUUUAGACCGUCCUAAUCUAGAAAGUAAACCACGAAAGAAGAAAAAAUCUGCAAGGGUUUUAAAUACAUCUCACUGUAAAAAAACUAAUAUCAAGAUUAAUGGGAUGUGUUAUCACUUAGAUUCUGUACAUAGCAAUCUUAAUCCACACCAAAUAGCAUCAACUGUUAUUCCAAAGCCAAACCGUGGUAUGCCUUGGCGGACAGCCAUGAGAGCAACCAAACAGCGGGGUUGCUUCACCAACCAUGAGGAGCAGUAUGAUUCUGAUGGAAAUAUGGAAAUAAUAGUUGAUUCUGCACCAAAGAAAGAGAUGGCAUGGACAAAGUUUGUUUCUGAUACGACAGACAAAGAAAAUCACCCGACUAAAACCAAUCAUCUCGCAGCCCAAAACUGUCAAGAAAACACUUAUUUCUCUUCCAUUGAAAAUGAGUACAAAAAACUUCAGGUUGAACUUGUGCAUGUGAAAAGGGAAUUAGAAGAAGAACGUAUUGCUCGUCUGGAAUCAGAUAAAAAUGUCUAUAAGUUAAGUAUGGAUAACAAUGACAUGCAGAGUGAAGUAUUGAGGCUGAAGAAAAAGUUAUCUUUACUCGAAGAAGAGAAUAUAUUGGAUUCCAUUGAAAGUGCCUUUAUGCAAUUCCAUGUUUUCCUAGAUAUUCUACGUGAUGCUGGGUUUGGGCAACUGAUUAAUAUGGCUGGAAUUGACAGCAAUUUCUUCUCCUUGUUUAAAGUUAUAUCCUCAAGAGGAAAUCUGACAUCCUCUUUUGAGGUGAAUCCAAACUUGGAAAAUAUUCCACCUGAACCUGAGAGCUCAACAAUGCUAGAAAGAGAAGCGACAGCAGCCACCAGUCACAUUGGUAAUAAUAAAAAUGCAGAGGAAGAGUUGGAAAUGAGCUUAGAUUGUGAUCAGUGUCAUAAUUUAAGAAAGAAUUUCAAGAAAGAUGUUAAGGUGCAACAUAAUCAAAAGUCAGAUCUCAAUUCCACAUUUGAACUUCCGCCAAAUGAAUCUCUGGAUGCAAAAUCAAUAUAUCCAAUUCAGGAUCCUCACCAAUCACAGAGUAAUUUAAAAAAAAAACUUCAAGCAGAUGAUAAAGAAAAUAAAAUCAAAGAAGCUAUGCUUAAGAACAUGUCUCAAGCUUUUCAAAAUGGUUCUGUUAUUUCCCACACUCCAGAUUUAUAUGCAGAUUCAAAUGUUCCUGCUUUUGAAGCUAACAAACAUAGCAAAAAUUCUAAGUUACCAGAAUAUGAUUUUUUCUCAAAAACAACUUUACCAAGAUCAAGCAUAAUAGAAAACAUUGUUCAAAAAGUGAGUCUUCUGAAAAAGGACAGUAAUGCUAAAAAUAGCAGUAAUACUAAAAAGGAUGUUCAUGGUGGCACUGUUAAUAGCAGUGCUGUUAAUGGUGCUAGAAUUAAUGGAGCUACAGUUAAUGGUGCUAAAAGUUAUGGUGCUACUUCUCCAACAGAUCAAACACAUGUUAAAAGCACAAUGACUGAAUGUGAUGAAGCUGAUGGAGAAAUUUACCAAAUGAGGCAAAAUGGAAGCACAAAAAGAAUAUCUUGUAUCAGAAAAGAAAAGGUUAAAGAAAAGGAAAAAGAAACUUACCCCCAAGGUAAAGAAGAUGAUCAAUCCAUUCGCUAUUCUGUUUCAGAAUCUGCUAUUUGUAAAAAUCACAACCAAUCUGAUAACAAUUUUGUUAAGGAGAAACCUAAAGGCAAUUCCAUGAGUCUGACAUCACCACAGAGUACAGGAUCAUCUAAAUUGAAGCUCUUGGAAUCACUGAUUGAGGAAGAAUCAGACUCAUCUGAAGGAGACACUUACAAUGAUUAUUCUUCAUUUGAAGCCCUUUCAAGCAAUAACCAUUGCAAUCCUGCAACAAAUCGAUCAGACAAAAACAAUGAAGCUAUUUCACAAGCUGAGGAUAACGAUUCUAAUGACACAUCACUUUUGAGGUCAAUUAGCGAUGAAACCUUCUAGACUUUAAUCUCUAGACAAAAAGAAAAUUUAUUCCUUAAAAAUUAUAAAAAUAAAAUAUAAAAGCGUUUAAGAUGUAUCUAAUUUAAACAUCCACCAAAACUAAAUAUCUAUCUUUUAUAUGUAAAAACAAAACUCUUCGGGACAGUAUGUUUAGUUUUUCAUUCACUAAAAUCUUCAUCAAAAUUAAUAAACGACUAACACAUGUUUGUAUCAAAAGUCAUUAAAUUGCAGCUAAAAAUGAAUAUAAAGAAUGACAAAAAGACACAAAGAAAAAAAAAAGAAAUUAUUUAUACAGUAAAUGUUUCAUACAGUUUUAUAUUUAAGAGAUAAGGAAUUAUGUACAUUAUUUACAUUUUUGACAUUUUUGACAGAUUUUGUCCUCAUCUUUUUUGUUGUUAACACAUUUCGGCUGAUAUACUCUCCAGCCUUCAUCGGGUGUCUUGGGGAAAUUUCAAACUUGGAUUCUCAUUCCUAAAGUAUUUUUCGAUGUUAUUGUUAUUAUUAUUAUUAUUAUCCAGGUCACUGCUUGGAAUCGAACUCGGAAUCUUGGGGUUAGUAGCCCGUGCUCUUAACCACUACACUAUAUGCCCAUGGGUGUAGUGGUUAAGAGCGCGGGCUACUAACCCCAAGAUUCCAAGUUUGAUUCCAGGCAGUGACCUGAAUAAUAAUAAUAAUAAUAACAUCGAAAAAAUACCUUAGGAAUGAGAACCCAGGUUCGAAAUUUCCCCAAGACACCUGAUGAAGGCUGGAGAGUACAUCAGCCAAAACGUGUUAGCAACAAGCAAGAUGAGGACAAAAUCUGUUAAAAUUUAAAUAAUGUAGUAAAUGUUUCAUUUAUCAUUUAUUUGUAUAUUUCAUAAUAUGCUUUCUUCCAUCACCCGGUUUUACGACUACCUGGCUCUUUUCUGGGUGCUUUCAAUGAAUUCCUUUCUAUUGAAAGCAUUCAAGUCAGGUCUAUGGGGAGAGGAUAACUUUCUUUCUUUCUCUCACCAGUCUCAGAGGCCCUGAAAAAAGGUCAUGGUUCCUGCCCUUCUUCCUCUAAUGAAACCAUUAAAAACAUUUUUUAAAUGUUAA